AGGAGUAGGGGUUACUGUCUUUGGCUUUAUGUUUUGGAGUCUGUGUUCAUUGUAUAACUUAAGCACUGACCUCGUAUUUCAGGUUAAUGGACCUGAUGGCAUUCUACAGAAUGGAGCUGUGGAUGAUAAUGUGGCUAAAACCAGCCAGCUUCUGGCAGAAUUGAAUUUUGAAGAAGAUGAAGAAGAUACGUAUUACACAAAGGAUCUUCCUGUGCAUGCUUGCAGUUACUGUGGUAUCCAUGACCCUGCUUGUGUGGUUUACUGUAACACCAGCAAAAAGUGGUUCUGUAAUGGGCGUGGAAAUACAUCUGGCAGCCACAUUGUUAAUCAUCUUGUGAGAGCAAAGUGCAAAGAGGUGACUCUUCAUAAAGAUGGACCUCUAGGAGAGACUGUCUUGGAAUGUUAUAACUGUGGAUGUCGUAAUGUGUUUCUCCUUGGCUUUAUUCCAGCUAAGGCAGACUCUGUGGUUGUUUUGCUGUGCAGGUUGUGCAGGCAGCCAUGUGCCAGUCAGAGCAGUUUAAAGGAUAUUAAUUGGGACAGUUCACAGUGGCAGCCUCUUAUCCAAGAUCGCUGUUUCCUUUCGUGGCUGGUAAAGAUUCCAUCUGAACAGGAACAGUUGAGGGCACGUCAGAUUACGGCUCAACAGAUUAACAAACUGGAAGAACUUUGGAAGGAAAAUCCAUCUGCAACCCUUGAGGACUUAGAAAAGCCUGGUGUUGAUGAAGAGCCACAGCAUGUCCUGCUUAGAUAUGAAGAUGCUUAUCAAUACCAAAAUAUAUUUGGUCCUCUAGUCAAGCUUGAGGCAGACUAUGACAAGAAACUCAAGGAGUCUCAGACCCAAGAUAACAUCACAGUCAGAUGGGACCUGGGCUUGAACAAGAAAAGAAUUGCUUAUUUCACUUUGCCAAAGACUGAUUCAGAUAUGCGUCUUAUGCAAGGAGAUGAGAUCUGCUUGAGGUAUAAAGGAGACCUGGCCCCUUUAUGGAAAGGAAUUGGUCAUGUUAUCAAAGUUCCUGAUAGUUCUACAGAUUAUGGUGAUGAGAUAGCCAUUGAACUGAGGAGCAGCGUUGGAGCGCCUGUGGAAGUUACUCAUAACUUCCAAGUAGAUUUUGUAUGGAAGUCUACUUCAUUUGACAGAAUGCAGAGUGCUUUAAAAACAUUUGCUGUGGAUGAGACUUCAGUGUCUGGGUACAUCUAUCACAAACUGUUAGGUCAUGAGGUAGAAGAUGUAAUUAUUAAAUGCCAGUUGCCAAAGCGCUUUACAGCACAAGGACUUCCUGAUCUCAACCAUUCUCAGGUUUAUGCUGUGAAGACUGUCCUGCAGCGUCCUCUGAGCCUUAUUCAGGGUCCCCCUGGUACCGGAAAAACAGUGACAUCAGCCACAAUUGUCUAUCAUCUGGCUAGACAGGGCAAUGGGCCUGUGUUAGUCUGUGCUCCGAGUAAUAUAGCUGUAGAUCAGUUGACUGAGAAGAUCCAUCAAACUGGACUGAAAGUGGUUCGUCUGUGUGCUAAAAGUCGUGAGGCAAUUGACUCUCCUGUAUCCUUCUUGGCAUUGCAUAACCAGAUCAGAAACAUGGAUAGCAUGCCAGAGCUUCAGAAACUGCAGCAGCUUAAAGAUGAAACUGGAGAACUGUCAUCUGCUGAUGAGAAACGUUACCGUGCACUGAAACGAACAGCAGAGCGUGAAUUACUUAUGAAUGCAGAUGUGAUCUGUUGCACAUGUGUGGGAGCUGGUGAUCCAAGACUUGCAAAAAUGCAGUUCCGCUCCAUUCUGAUUGAUGAAAGCACACAGGCUACUGAGCCAGAGUGCAUGGUGCCAGUUGUCCUGGGAGCAAAACAGCUUAUUCUUGUGGGUGACCACUGCCAGCUUGGUCCUGUUGUGAUGUGUAAAAAAGCUGCAAAGGCUGGCCUAUCUCAGUCUCUCUUCGAGAGGCUUGUGGUGCUGGGGAUUCGUCCAAUUCGCCUGCAAGUGCAGUAUCGCAUGCAUCCUGCACUUAGUGCUUUUCCAUCCAAUAUCUUCUAUGAGGGUUCACUCCAGAAUGGUGUUACUGCAGCGGACCGUGUGAAAAAAGGGUUUGAUUUCCAGUGGCCACAGCCAGAUAAGCCAAUGUUUUUCUAUGUUACACAAGGACAGGAGGAAAUUGCCAGCUCAGGCACCUCUUACUUAAACAGGACGGAAGCUGCCAAUGUGGAGAAGAUAACUACAAAGCUAUUGAAAGCUGGUGCCAAACCAGAUCAGAUUGGCAUUAUUACUCCUUAUGAAGGUCAACGAUCCUAUCUGGUGCAGUACAUGCAAUUCAGUGGUUCCUUGCAUACAAAGCUUUACCAGGAAGUGGAAAUUGCAAGUGUGGAUGCCUUCCAGGGCCGAGAGAAGGACUUUAUUAUCCUUUCUUGUGUGAGGGCCAAUGAACACCAAGGAAUAGGGUUUCUGAAUGACCCCAGGCGUCUUAACGUAGCUCUUACAAGAGCAAGGUAUGGAGUAAUUAUUGUUGGGAACCCAAAAGCACUGUCUAAACAACCACUUUGGAAUCACCUGCUGAAUUACUACAAGGAGCAGAAGGUUCUGGUGGAGGGACCACUGAAUAAUCUCCGGGAAAGCCUUAUGCAGUUUAGCAAGCCCCGGAAACUUGUCAAUACCAUCAACCCAGGUGCCCGUUUCAUGACUACUGCCAUGUAUGAUGCACGUGAGGCUAUUAUUCCAGGAUCUGUCUAUGACCGGAGCAGUCAAGGGCGCCCAUCCAACAUGUACUUCCAAACCCAUGACCAGAUCGGGAUGAUUAGUGCUGGCCCCAGCCAUGUCGCUGCUAUGAACAUUCCUAUCCCUUUCAACCUUGUGAUGCCACCGAUGCCACCACCGGGAUACUUUGGCCAGGCUAACGGACCAGCCGCAGGACGUGGGGCGCCAAAAGGGAAGACUGGUCGUGGUGGGCGCCAGAAAAAUCGUUUUGGGAUUCCUGGAACUAGUCAGUCAAACCUUCCAAAUAGUCAAGCGAGCCAAGAUGUGGUGUCCCAGCCUUUCUCCCAGGGUCCACUGACUCAGGGGUAUAUCUCCAUGAGUCAGCCAUCACAGAUGAGUCAGCCUGGGCUCUCCCAACCAGAAUUAUCACAGGACAGUUACCUUGGUGAUGAGUUUAAAUCUCAGAUUGACGUGGCGCUGUCACAGGACUCUACUUACCAGGGUGAACGUGCAUAUCAACAUGGUGGAGUGACGGGACUGUCACAGUAUUAGAGUGUUGAGGAAGAAGAGCUAAGCUUGUGUGGAGCUUAGUUCAUCAGCAUUUUAUUCUGGGUAAUAAAAAAAA